AUGAGCUCCACCGAGCCAGCCCGCCGCUCGGCAAAGCAUGUGGCCGCCUUGCGUCACCAGCAUCUGGGACAACAGCAAUCAAGCAUGGAUCCGCCCUCCCAUACGCCUACGCCUGCUGCAAAGGUGGCCAUCCCGCCGCUACGUCCCAGACUGGAUCCAGCACCUCCACCCUCGGCUGCCGAAAAGAGGCGCACGCCCAAGGCUUGUGUCGAGUGUCGGACUAGGAAAAUCAAGUGUAACGGCAAGCGCCCUACCUGUGAGCAUUGCGAGCAGUGCCAAAUUCCCUGCGUGUACGCCGAGGGCAAACGAGAGCAGAACAAAAGAGCUACAGAACGGAGCGACCGCCUGCUACAACUUCUCGGUGACAUCUCCCGCGAAGUAUCUCUUCCCCCACACCUUCAGCAAAAGAUUCGAGCAAUUGAGUCUGAGUCGACUCAGAUCCUGGAAGAUGAUACGUCUGUACGCUCCCUCCAGACCAUAGCCUCAAAGAGGCGGCGCAAGUCGUCUGGCAGUGCCGUUCCCGAAAAGCUUCCCAGAUCCUCAUCGCCUACCUUACAAGGGGAGGCCGAUGUCUCCGCAGACGUUGGCUCCGAGGAGUCUGUGGACAUUAUUGAAGAGGACUUCAACCGCUCUGAGAAGGCUAGGGCCACUGGUUUCAUUGGCAAAAAUUCCGAGGUUGCCUGGGCCCGUCGUCUUUCCCAAGCCCAGCACGGGGGCAUAGAAAACGACGUACGGGGCAAUUCGUACGGCAAGCCCGGUAAGAGUGAGGAAGCCCAGAGAGAUCGCCUGAGCGCGAGAAAGGAGCGCCAUGCUGCUGAAACUCAGAAACAUCCUCCCAUAUCUGACUUCACCUAUCACCUGGAUACGGAAAAUGUCCUUACCUUUGAUCAUGUCGACAAAGAUGAGCUUCCACCACCACAGGUUGCUCGACAUCUACUAGAUCACUAUAUGGACACAGUUCAAGAUGCGCUGCCAAUCCUCUCCAAAUCCGUCUUCCUAGACCAAUAUCGGCGGUACUCUCGUGCAAAGAACCCAGAAAGCUUGCCUGCAACAUGGCGUGCCAUAUUGAAUAUGGUGUUUGCCAUUGGUGCUAAAUUUUCUCAUCUAGUAAAUGCCCCCUGGCGCGGCGACGAGCGAGACCAUCUUGUGUACUACACACGGGCUCUCAGCCUUGGAAUGCCCGGAGAUGCUAUCGUCGCCCACCCUGACCUUCAACGUAUCCAGGUCCUCGGUCUCGUCUCUUUCUAUUACUUGACCAUCAGCCAAGUCAGUCGAUCGUGGGUUAUGAUUGGUUUGGCAUGCCGCCAGGCUAUUGCUCUUGGCCUGCAUCUUCGCAACUUGGAUCCCCACAAAGAUGCUGUGUCUAAGGAGAAAAGGAUCCGGGUUUGGUGGUCCCUCUACUAUAUUGAGAACCUCCUUUGCGAAACUCUCGGGCGGCCUACUGCAGUUGAUCAGAGGUUUUGCUCAACUCCAGCUCCGGCCCCCAUCGACGAAGCCAGCUUGGCCAAGUCCGGAGGAAAGAACCUCGAAGAGUGGAACAGGUGCCAAUCAGAAGCGUCAUCCACCCCGGCGAGCGAGGACAGGAAAGCGGUUCUGGACCUAGAAUCUACUCCAAGCGUUGCGACUAAUUUUCGCAACCGUGUCCAACUCGCAGUCAUCUCCCAAAAGAUCUUGGUCAAUCUUUACUCAGCCACUACCGUUCAGAAAUCCUGGGAACGCGCACAGUACGAGAUCGUUGCUUUGGGCACAGAACUUGACCAGUGGUAUGGGGGCCUCCCAAUGGAAUUCCGGUUUGCCCACUCGGAGGACAAGAAUGCCUUCUGCCGAGAGAAAAUCCUUUUAGGAUUCGGCUUCUACAGUACGAAGAUCCUCCUCAACCGUCCUUGUCUGUGCCGCAUCGACAAGCGGAUCCAAAAGCAGGGACAAGGCUCCAAAAACAUUGAUCAGGAGCGCGCCAGGGAGUGCGUCAUGGCUGCUAGAAGCAUGUCUGACCUUCUUCCCGACAUGGAUGUCCCAGACGUCAACUGGAUGUAUUACAAUGGCCCAUGGUGGUGCAUAGUUCAUCACCUCAUGCAGGCGAUGACUGUUCUGAUGCUGGAGUUGGCGUUCGAAAUGUGCCACAUGAAGGAUCUUUCCGUGAACCAGGAAGGAAUCUUGCAUACUGCCAGGAAGCUGCUCCGCUGGCUCACAAUGAUGGCUGCGAACGGGAAUGAAAGCGCAAAGUCUGCGUGCAAGCAGGCUGAGGAACAAUUCAAAGGGUUCUCGCCUUUUGAACAUAUUGAUACCUCUGACCUUGUGGAGAUGGCCGAACGCGGAUCAGAGCCAGCGUCAGAGCACCUAUCCAAGGAAAGGAAAGGCUCUGCUGACUUCACGCCUGAUCGAAUGCAACACUCAAUACUUGGUUCUUCUGCCCAAGUGAGUGGGACCCCUGAUCAAACCAUGGAGGACCCGGAGCAAUCCAAUGUCCCCAACCAUGUCACCUUCCAGCAUGACCAAGAAGAAUCGUGGCCUCACUACACCGACGAGGAACUGUGGUCUACGGACUGGACCGUACCGGUCGACUCAACAUGGAGCACUGGAGUCUUCCACAACAUGUACGAUUUGAGCAACCCUUUCAUGGCCUUUGGCAACCCACUGGCUCCCCCCUUUCCGCUCGGCGUCACUUUGGGCAGCGAUGCCUCCGCCGCGUUUGUGAGCCAUCAUGUCCCCCACGGAAACUACGAAUACGAGGUUGCGACGAUGUCCCAACCUCAGCAGCAUCACCAACCUCCAACUGAGCACCACCCCUACCAAUUCUCGCCACCAACCCAGGAUCAGCAACAACAGCACUUCGUGCAAUCUAUGGAGCAGCAACCGCAUUUCCAACCACCAUCGACGAAUGACCAAUGGCAGCAAAACCCGCACAAUGACCAUUAA